AUGACCUCGCCAUGGAGAGAGGUGCUCCUGGAGAGCCUCCUGGGAUAUGUUUCUUGGUCUCUCUGCCAUGACCUGAGCCCAAUGAUCUAUUACUUUCCCCUGCAAACACUAGGACUCACUGGGUUGGAAGGUUUUGCCGUAGCAUUUCUUUCUCCAUUAUUCCUCACAAUUACUCCUGUCUGGAAACUGGUUAAUAAGAAGUGGAUGCUAGCCUUGCUGCGGAUAAUUACUGUUGGUAGCAUCGCCUCCUUCCAGGCUCCAAAUGCCAAACUUCGGCUCAUGAUCCUUGCACUUGGUCUGUCUUCGUCACUGGUGGUGCAUGCUGUGACGUGGUGGACAGGAAGAGGCUUGCAAAGGUACUUCAGAAUCUGGGGAUUCAUUUUAGGACAGAUUCUUCUUCUUGUUCUCCGCAUUUGGUACACGUCACUAAACCCAGUCUGGACUUAUCAGAUGUCCAACAGAGUGAUACUGACAUUAAGUACUAUUGCCACACUUGAUCGUAUUUACACAGAUGGUGCCUGCUGUAAACCUCAACAGAAGAAGAGUGGUGAGGCAGCCAAGGCAGUGGUUUCUGGUCUGAACUGGGUGUUGGCAGGCGCUGCCUUUGGCAGCCUCAUGUUCCUCACCCACUGGAUUUUUGGAGAGGUGUCUCUUGUCUCCAGAUGGGCAGUGAGUGGACACCCCCAUCCAGGGCCAGAUCCGAACCCAUUUGGAGGUGCAGUUCUGCUGGGCUUGGCAAGUGGAUUGAUGCUCUCGCCUUGUUCAUGGUUUCCAGGUUCCGGUUUAAUCUGGUGGAUUACAGGAGCGACCUCUGCAGCAGGACUCCUUUACCUGCCCACGUGGGCAGCCGCUGUGUCUGGCUGUGUGCUUGCUCUCUUCACGGCAUCCAUGUGGCCUCAAGUGCUUGGACACCUUAUUAGCUCAGGCUCAAGCCCUGGAAAAGCCAUGACCACUGCCAUGAUAUUUUAUAUUCUAGAAGUAUUUUUCUGUGCCUGGUGCACAGCUUUUAAAUUUGUCCCAGGAGGUGUGUAUGCUCGAGAAAGAUCUGAUGUGCUUUUGGGGACUGUGAUGCUAAUUAUUGGGCUGAAUAUGCUAUUGGGUCCGAAGAAAAGUGUUGAUUUUCAUUUUCAAACAAAAAACAGUCCUAAAGCGCUUUUCAGAGAGAGUGAAAAAUACGUGAAACUUUUUUUGUGGCUGCUUGUUGGUGUGGGAUUGUUGGGAUUAGGACUACGGCAUAAAACCUAUGAGAAGAAAUUGGGCAAAGGGGCACCAGCCACAGAGGUCUCUGCUGCCAUCUGGCCUUUCAGGUUUGGCUUUGACAAUGAUGGAUGGUCUAGUCUAGAAAGAUCAGCUCAACUGCUCAAUCAAACAGGUGCAGAUUUCAUAACAAUUUUGGAGAGUGAUGCUUCUAAGCCCUAUAUUGGAAACAAUGACUUGACCAUGUGGUUAGGGGAGAAGUUGGGUUUCUACACCGACUUUGGGCCGAGUGCACGGGAUCACACUUGGGGGAUUAUGGCUUUGUCAAGAUACCCAAUUGUGAAAUCGGAGCAUCACCUUCUUCCGUCGCCAGAGGGCGAGAUUGCACCAGCCAUCACGCUGACUGUCAACGUUUCCAACAAACUGGUGGAUUUUGUUGUGACCCACUUUGGCAAUUACGAAGAUGACCUCGACAGGAAACUUCAAGCUAUUGCUGUUUCAAAACUACUGAAAAAUAGCUCUGAGCAAGUGAUAUUUCUGGGAUAUAUCACAUCAGCACCUGGUUCCAGAGAUUAUCUACAGCUCAUUAAACAUGGCAAUGUGAAGGAUAUCGACAGCACAGAUCAAGACAGAUGGUGUGAAUACAUUAUGUAUCGAGGGCUGAUCAGAUUGGGUUACGCAAGAAUCUCCCACGCUGAACUGAGUGACUCUGAAAUUCAGGUAGCCAAAUUUAGGAUUCCUGAUGACCCAAUUAAUUAUAGAGACAACCAGAAAGUGGUCACAGACCAUAGGGAAGUUCCAGAGAAAAUUCACUUCAAUCCCAGAUUUGGAUCCUACAAAGAGGGGCACAACUUUGAGAACAAUCAUCAUUUUCAUAUGAGUACUCCCAAAUACUUUCUAUAA